CGUUUACGCCUUCUUUGACGCUGACGUAGGAUGCGCCGCGACGCUUUGACAGCGCGUUUGAGGUCACUUCCGGAGCGUGCUUGUGCUAUAGUCAGCUAAGUAGCUGCUUGUGAUUUCUCAGCUCUUAGGCACGGGCAACCCACCCUCACAUAGGUUCCCUCCAUCAGCAGGAUGAGCGGCAAACGGAAAGAAGAGCAGCCCGUGUCCAACGGGGGAGUGAAGGUGAAGGGACCCAUAUGGAGCAAAGCCCUGCGGGGAGACUCUAUAUGGGAGGACAAGGGGAUGUCAAACCCAUUUUCUACCAGUCUGAGUUCCUGGAUGUGAUCUACUGGUUCAGACAGAUUUUGCCCAUCAUUUUGGGGGUGAUAUGGGGUGUUGUCCCUUUGAAGGGUUUUAUUGGAAUAAUUAUUUUUUGCCUGAUCAAUGCCGGCGCACUCUACUUGUAUUUUAGCAGCUUCCAGCAAAUAGAUGAGGAAGAGUAUGGAGGAACAUGGGAGCUAACAAAGGAAGGAUUUAUGACGUCAUUUGCACUCUUUAUGGUGGGCUGGAUCAUUUUCUACACAGCAAUUCACUUUGAUUGAUGAUGAUUUUAUAUAUAUAUAUAUAUAUAUAUAUAUUUAUUUAUUUUUUAACAUAAUGAAGCCUAAGGGGGAAAAUGGAGGAGUGGGACUGUCUUUUUAACUGCAGCACAGAACUGAACCUUUAUGGGAACUAUGGCUGGUAACUAAUCCACUGAUUGGACCCCAGUUAGAUUGGACACCCUAACAUGAGACCUUGAUCACCAUGGCUGGUAACUAAUCCACUGAUUGGACCCCAGUUAGAUUGGACACCCUAACAUGAGACCUUGAUCACCAGUCUCUCUCGUCUUCCUUGUAAUUGUCGUACUUGUCUGGGAGCAAGCGGCAAACCCGAUAUCCUACAAAUAAUUCUGCUGCUACAUCCAUACUGGACCAACAAUAUAACUUCACUACACCUCAGCCUUGGCACGGCAGCUAUAUUGGAAAUGGACAGCAGAAAAGGGCUCUGCUAAUUCUUCUAAUUGCUUGAAAUGAUCUUCUGUGCUUUAUGGUGAGAGGAUGGCUGCAUUUUCUGUUCCAACCUACCACACACUCUAACCCGUUUGCUGUAGAAUUAUCUACAGCCAUUAACUAUGAGUGAUGCAGCUGCCCUCCCAGCAUGGAAGGAGUGAACUUGGACCUGACUUGUUUCUCACUUCAAGCUACACAGUAUUUAAACAAAAGUCGUAUUUAAGCUGAUGUGAAUGUGUUUUACAAUUAUAGUUCCGAUUUAUUGA